CCGUCUGUCUUCCGGUUUCUGUACGUAACACUUGACAGCAGAGAAAUGAAAGCGUCGCUGUCAAACUGGUCUGAAAAAUGUUUCGGUGCUCUGGCUGGGUGUGAGUGAUGGAGAGAUGCUGGCUCGGCAUCCUCAUCGGUGUGCUGCUCCGACCUGCGCUCGCUGCCCUUCCUGCACCAGUCAAUGCUCACAUCAUCUCCACCAACUUCAAGCAUGAACUCUGCUGGGAGCCCGCUCCCGGCACUGCUCCGGAGACGCUCUACAUCGUAUCACAAAGGGUCAAAGGGGUGCGUAGGUGGGAACGGCAGUACAACUCAUCAGGCACGUGUUCAAAGGUGAUGCUGGCUAGCGACAUGCUGUACACCUUAGCUGUGCAGGCGUCCUACAACUCCACGUUGUCUCCGCUGUCCAACAAAGUCGACUUUCAACCCUUUGAACAAAGUAAAAUAAGCGCACCACUCCUGUCACUCAGCGGCUGUGGAAACUGCAUCAAGAUGAACAUUUCAGUGCCUCAGGCUGACAAGGACUCAGACAUUUCCGACAUACAGAAAUACUACGGCGCUUCUUUCGACGUCCGUUGGAGGAAGAAAAAUGACAACAGAUUUCUGAGUGUCUCAACAAAAAGCAGGAGUUACACUCUGGACAACUUGGAGAAAGGUGUGGAAUACUGCGUGCAAGUGCAAAUGAUCGCUGGUCUCAACAGGAACACUGAGCCAUCAGCUUGGCAGUGCAUCUUCACCAGCCCUGAGCUACCCAGAAUAGGUCCUUCUGUUUCGGGUCUGAUUGCUGGUCUCAGUGCUGCCACCGUCCUCCUGACCGUCUCCGCCUUCUGCCUCAGCUACGCUGGGAUUUUUUGCAAGCCGAAGGCCGCUCUGCCCACAGCACUAGAAACGGAGCAUCAUGAAGGCCACACCCUGACUCCGGAGAGGACCGUCCCGGAUCAGAUCGCUCUCCGGUCAGAGACGAGCGACGAGAGGAAGCUCAACAGUCCCACAUCUCCGCCUUCUGCGGCUGCUGCCGAGUGCAGCACGGAACUGGAAGAUGAACACGAAGAUGAAGAGGAUGGUGUGAAUGAGUACAUGGACAGAGACCCGGGGCUCUCUUCAGGUCACCAAGUUUCUCCUGACGUGUCCGGGGAAGAGCAGCCUCCGGCCGCAGGGGAUUCUGGGAGUUUCACUGUCCGGUCAUGGGCUGAGCCGGAGGACCUGCAGGAGGAAGGUGAUCAGGAUGAAACCAGACCUGAAUCACCUGGAGGUUCUCUCACUAACGAAAAACAUCCACCCGGAGACCAGGACCAAGCUACAGAUGAGGACUCCUCCAUCUCCAGCCAUGUUGAUCUCUUCUCUGUCACUCUGGCUUCACUUGCUGUUGAGAAGGACGAGGAGGAGGACGAGGAGGAGGAGGAGGAGGACGACGACAAAGGGAAGGAGGAGGAGGAGGAAGAGGAGAAGCAGCAGGAGGAGGAGGAGGAAGAGGAGAAGCAGCAGGAGGAGGAGGAGGAAGAGGAGGACUGUGACUUUUUCAGAGAAUACAGUUCGAAGCCUUUUUUUUCUACGGACCUCAGACGAACUUUGAGUGACUCCCAAACCAAAACAGGCAGUGAAUCACGGACGCAUCUUCUGUGUGAAGACUUCACUGCCACGGAAUAUGAAAAUGAGGAGGCAAACACUUUGAUUCAGAAAGAGGAGGAGGAGGAGGAGGAGGAGGAGUUCUCGGGGUAUCUGGAACACAAAUAAUGGUUUGCCGAUUUGUGUUUUCAGCAUUUGUUCAUUCAUUUUUAAUGUGUAAAGAAAUGUUCUUUAUAGUAUCUAUCUAGUAUCUGUUUUUAAUGGCCAGAGAAGGGAAAUUCCUUUUUUCUUAGCUGAAUUUUAUUGAUGAUUUGAAUCUGAAAAAUGAGGAAACUGUAAUGGAUUUGUAAAGAAAAGCUGAAGUGUACAUACUAUUCUACAAAUGUGAACAUAUCCUAAAUUAAAAAUCUUACUCAAAACACUGAAUAACAAUUUCCCUCAAUUCAGUUCAGUUUCAUUGAUAUAGUGCCAAACACAACACAGCCAUCUGAAGGCACCUCUACAGAGAAACAUUUUCACAUCAUAAUCAACCGUGGAAAGUAAAAACUCCAUUUUAGGAGGACAAAGCCUGCAGAACAAGACUCAGAGGUGAACACUUUCUGCAGAGCCAGACCCAGAAGUGGAGAGAACAGAACACAGAAGUUAAUAUUGGAGUGAUCUCUCCUGUCAGUGCUCUCGCUGCAGCGUUUUAAAUCAACUGAAGACUUUAAGCAGUUAUUGAGACAACCUGAUAAUAAGGAAUUACAAAAGUCUACUGUGGAGGUGAUCAAGCCAUUGGUUUAUUAUUUCCCUGUGUGACUCUGAGUCAACAUGUUCCCGAUUUUAGAUUUAGAUUAGAUUAGAUUAGGUCCUGAUUUUCCACAGGUGUUUUAAGGCUAUUUUAUGGUUCUAUGUU